CGCUGCCAGCACUGGACAUCCUUGAGACUUUACAAGAAUUCCCCUAUAACUUUUAAAAAAACGUGCUGGUUCUGCAGUUAGCUUAACGGAGGAAUAUGAUACGUUCAAUAAGUGUUCAUAGUUGUAACUCUCAAUGUUAAGAGGGCAGAUUCGUUGAAAAUCAGUAUGAACUUAAAGGGUCUCCGCGUGGUGUUACUGGUGUUUCUCGCUAUAAGUACAGAGCCGCGCAAAUCGGAGUCUGCGGCGUGUCAUGGUUGUGGGACUGGACCAAAGUGUGACUGCAGUGGGGUGAAAGGACAGAAGGGUGAGCGAGGGAUUCCGGGUUUAACGGGCCAAUCAGGUGUUCCAGGUUUCCCAGGACCAGAAGGGCCGAUCGGACCUCGUGGAGAGAAGGGUGAUGAUGGACCUACAGGACCGAGUGGGCCUAAAGGAAUAAGAGGACCUCCUGGAUUACCAGGCUUCCCAGGAACACCAGGAAUCCCAGGUCUCCCAGGACAGGAUGGCCCCCCAGGCCCCAAAGGAGUUCCAGGCUGUAACGGAACCAAAGGUGAAAGAGGAUUCACAGGAAGUCCAGGUCUUCCAGGUUUAGUGGGUUCACCAGUAAGUGUUGCUUUAUGUCACAUUUCAAAAUUGCAAGCAUACUGUCAUGCACUCACAGAAAUAUUUGAAGUCAUUAUUCUCAAAAUAAUUCAUAUUUUCUUGGCUCCACAGGGUCCACUAGGUUCUAUAGGACAAAAGGGGGAGCCUGGGGAUGUCAUAGAAAUUAAUCGGCCUUCAGAAAAUGGGGAUCCUGGCAUUAAUGGUUUACCAGGCUCCAGGGGUGAUCCUGGACCCCCGGGUCUUCCAGGUCCUGUUGGUCCUUCUGGUCCACAAGGGUAUGAGGGGCGUCCAGGCCCUCCUGGUCCACCAGGGCCAAAGGGAAACAUGGGAUUGAACUUCCAAGGACCCAAAGGAGAGAAGGGUGACUGUGGAUUACAAGGACCUCCUGGGCCACCAGGGCAGGUUGGCGAAGUAUCACGCUUACCUGAUACAGUCAUUCAACAAGGAGAAAAGGGUGAUCGCGGCCAACCUGGAAAUCCUGGUUUUCCAGGUCCCCCUGGACCCCCUGGUCCACAAGGGGACCAGAAAGGUGAGAAAGGAGAACCUGGGGAGUCUGGAAAGAGGGGAAAACCUGGCAAAGAUGGUGAACAAGGCCUCCCUGGAUAUCCAGGUGAUAAAGGAGAAUCAGGUCCUCCUGGUCUAUCUGGGCGAGAUGGUGCAAGAGGUGAGAAAGGUGAUCGAGGACCUCCUGGACCUCCAUCAUACAGGGAUGGGCCGUUCCCAGGCAUAGGUGGAAUAGGACCAAAAGGAGACAGUGGCGAGCCAGGAUUCCCUGGCCCUAAAGGAGACAGAGGACUGCCAGGUAUUCAGGGGCCACCUGGUCCAUCAGGUCCUGCAGGAAUUGGAGGUCCAGGUCCUUCCGGUCCACCAGGUUUACCUGGAGAGAGAGGAGAAAAAGGUGAUGAGGGACAGCCUGGAAUCACCCUCCCUGGAUCACCUGGGAGUACAGGUCCACCAGGUUCCCAAGGAUUUCCAGGACCUCCUGGUCCCCCAGGAAUAUUAAAUGGCAACACAGAAUGUAAUCGUGGUCCUCCUGGUCCUCCAGGCCUGCAGGGGGAGCUAGGAUUUACAGGAGGAACAGGACAGAAAGGUCAAAAAGGAGAGACAUGUGUCAAUUGUUUCACUAAUAGAAACCCUGUCCCAGGACCGCCAGGGUUUCCAGGUCCUCCUGGAAAUCCAGGUGCACCUGGUUUGCCUGGAUCUAAAGGAGACAGAGGAUUCCCGGGAGUGCCAGGGCUCAUGGGCCCACCUGGAAUACCGGGCCCUCAGGGUCUCCCUGGAGUCCCUGGAGAGAAGGGCGACCCAGGCGAUGCACUCUCUGUUCCGGGUGUGAAAGGAGAAAAGGGAGACACAGGCUUUCCUGGCACUUCAGGUCUGCCGGGACUCGACGGAAGACCUGGUCGUGAUGGAGUUCCCGGUCCCCCAGGCCUCAGAGGACCACCUGGUUCGGCAUUAGUGAAAGGCUCACAAGGUCCAUCAGGUGACCCUGGCUUGCCAGGACCUCCAGGAGACAGGGGUCUGCCGGGUCCCCCGGGAUUUGGUCCUCAGGGACCUCUUGGAGAGAAAGGUAUCCAGGGUGUUUCAGGAAGAUCAGGGGCCCCUGGAGCACCAGGUCAGAAAGGUGAACCUGGGUUGGCAGUGUCAGAUAAAGGUGAACGUGGACCCCCAGGACGUGAUGGAGAUCCAGGUUUGCCAGGAAGUCCAGGUAAUCCAGGCCUACCAGGACAACCUGGGUUCCCUGGCUUACCUGGACCCAAAGGAGAUCCUGGUCUUCCUGGUAUUGGUUUGCCAGGACCCCCUGGUUCUAACGGAUAUCCUGGUAUUGCUGGUUCCCCUGGUGGACCUGGUAUUCCUGGACGACCAGGUUUGGACGGACUGCCUGGUCAGCCUGGAUUACCUGGACCCAAAGGAGAGCCUGGUUUUGGUCUACCUGGACCUUUAGGCCCUACAGGAUUACCAGGCAGUAAAGGUGCUCCCGGUUCUAAAGGUGAUCCUGGUUUCCCUGGAAGCCCUGGUGCACCAGGUCGUCCAGGUCUUGUCGGUGCUUCUGGAUCUAAAGGUGAUCCUGGUUUUCCUGGUGGUCCUGGUUCUCGUGGCCCCCCAGGGCCCCCUGCCUUUGGCCUUCAGGGCCCCCCUGGUCCUCCUGGAGCUCCUGGCUCUAUGGGGUCUACUGGAGUCCCUGGUGUGAAUGGAGAGAAAGGAGACCGUGGCCACCCAGGUUCGAGUUUUCCAGGGUUGCAAGGUGACAGAGGAAGCCCUGGACUUCCUGGGCCUCCUGGUUCUGCUGGUCCACCUGGGGGUCCAGGACUACCUGGUCAAGAUGGCCUAUCAGGACUGCCCGGGCCUAAGGGAGACAUUGGUGGGAUGGGUGCUCCAGGACCUGCAGGUGCCCCUGGCAACCCUGGCAGACAAGGCUUUUCAGGACCAAAAGGAGAUGACGGUGUCCCAGGACGACCAGGAAGCUCAGGUUUCCCAGGAUCAAAGGGAGACAAAGGUGACCCAGGCAUUCCAGGCCCACCUGGCCUAGGCCCACCUACAGGUCUACUUAAGGGACAUAAAGGAGAACCCGGAUCUCCAGGUUUUAGCGGACCACCAGGAGCAAAGGGUAUUCCCGGUAUCCCUGGAGAUCCUGGUCUCCCUGGGCAAGAUGGAAGGCCAGGUCUACUGGGACCUCCAGGCCUCAAAGGUGAUCCUGGUAUUCCAGGAACUCCAGGGUCUCCAGGAGCCCAAGGACUGAAGGGUAGGAUGGGGGAGAUGGGAUUACCAGGAGUUCCUGGAGUGAAAGGAAACUACGGCCAAACAGGCCGAUCUGGCCAGCCUGGUUCCCCAGGAACACCAGGGUUCCCGGGACCCAAAGGUGAUCCUGGCUCACCAGGAUUUGGAUUACCGGGAACUCCUGGGCCACAGGGUGAACCAGGCCCUCCAGGAUUUCCUGGAACCCCUGGUCUGAAAGGCCAGCCUGGCCUUUCAGGAUCUUCAGGCUUGCCUGGUAGCCCUGGACCAAAGGGUGAUCCAGGACUCCCAGGAUUCCAAGGUGCACCUGGCAUUACUGGCCCUAAAGGUUUGGAUGGUGCUCCAGGCACUUCUGGUCCUAGUGGAGCAUCUGGUAGGCCAGGAGAUCCUGGACGACCUGGAUUAACUGGCCUCCCUGGUGAUAAAGGUCUUGCUGGACGUGAUGGUAUUCCAGGACCUCCGGGACAAAAGGGUGAACCAGGCACUCCAGGCCUUGGUGGCCCAGGCCCACCCGGUUUCCCCGGUUCACCAGGGACUAAAGGAGACCCCGGUUUUCCGGGUCCUGCCGGUAGUCCUGGAUUUCCUGGUCCAAAGGGGGAUGCAGGAUUUCCUGGGUUGCCUGGCCCAGUUGGUUCUGGAGGACCACCUGGGCCUCCAGGCCUGCCUGUGCAAGGACCUAAAGGUUUCCAAGGCCCACCUGGUGCCCCCGGAAGAGCUGGUCCUGCAGGUUCUCCUGGCCCUGAGGGUCCCCGUGGACCUCCAGGUAGUGGAGGAGUAAAAGGUGAGAAGGGCAUGCCUGGACUCCCUGGGAUACCUGGUGCACCAGGACUGAAAGGAGAUUACGGUCCCCCUGGCUUUUCGGGUACUCCAGGAAAUCCAGGACCUAGCGGCCUGAAAGGAGAUACUGGACCUCAAGGUGUUCCUGGAUUCCCAGGACCUAAAGGACAGCCUGGCCUUCCUGGAUCUAAUGGCAACCCAGGAGAACGUGGUGACACUGGAACACCAGGUUCUCCUGGUGAGCCAGGCUUUGCUCCAAACCCAAUUAUUUUGAAGGGGGAGCGUGGUCAAUCUGGACCACCUGGUAUUCCAGGCAGCAGAGGCCCAACAGGUCCCUUGGGAUUGCAGGGUCUUCCAGGUUCGCCUGGUGACCCCGGAGACCCAGGUCCAAUGGGACCUCCAGGAUUUACCGGCUCACCAGGAAGGAAGGGAGAUACAGGACCAGCUGGACAACCAGGUUCGCGUGGUUACCCCGGCCCUCCUGGUCCAGAAGGGAUUCAGGGCCCUCCAGGUAUCGCAGGAUCAUCGUCUGCCGCACACGGUUUUCUGAUCACGCGCCACAGUCAGACCACAGAGGUGCCAUCGUGUCCUGGUGAUACAAGACUCAUCUAUGAUGGCUACUCUUUACUCUAUGUGCAAGGCAACGAGAGGGCGCACGGACAGGACCUGGGUACGGCUGGUAGUUGUCUACGUCGUUUCAGCACGAUGCCUUUCAUGUUCUGCAACAUUAACAAUGUCUGCAACUUCGCUUCCCGCAAUGACUACUCCUAUUGGCUGUCCACACCACAGCCCAUGCCCAUGAACAUGGCGCCUAUCACUGGAGAGAGCAUCAAACCUUUCAUCAGUCGGUGCUCUGUGUGCGAAACUCCAGCCAUGGUGAUUGCUAUACACAGCCAGACCAUUCAGGUGCCAUCCUGCCCAGACUACUGGGCCGUGCUCUGGAUCGGUUACUCCUUCAUGAUGCACACCAGUGCAGGUGCUGAGGGCUCAGGUCAGGCUCUUGCCUCUCCCGGUUCCUGUCUGGAGGAGUUCCGCUCGUCUCCGUUCAUCGAGUGCCACGGUCGAGGCACCUGCAAUUAUUACAGCAACUCGUACAGCUUCUGGCUGGCCACUGUGGAUGUGAAUGAAAUGUUCAGAAAGCCGCAGUCAGAGACACUGAAAGCUGGAAACUUGCAGACCCGUGUGAGCCGCUGUAUUGUGUGUAUGAAGAGGACGUAACGUAGUGACAUUUUUGCAGUCUGUUGUUGUUGUUGAGGAUCAGCCAUCACUUACAACGACUGCGGCCAUCAUGCUGAUUUCCAGUGAAGUUUCAUUGGUGCAGUAUCUUCACAUUUAACUCUAUGGUGCUACUGUGUGACACAGCAAAAGAAACUGAACAAAAUCAAUGAAUUUAUUAGUCUUUUUUAUUUUAAAGAAGUACCUCAAAAGAAAAAUGCAGAUCCAGCAAGGUGCCAUGGCAGUUGUGACAACAAUGUGCAUUAGAAUUUUUUUUUUUUCUCUAGAGAUUCUUUUCAUGUAAUAUUUUCCUACAAGAAUUUUUUAAUGUUGGUACACAAAUGGUACAUUUUUGGGGAGAAGCACUCUCUCGCUUUUUUCUAUUUUCUUUCGAGUGGAAUUGUCUCCAUGUUACCAAAUCGGCACUUUAAUGGGACUGCUUUUUUAAGGCUAUCAUUUUUCCCCAAUCACUUUUUCUUCUUUAUUAGUGGUACUAACACUGCUGUAUCAGGACUUUUUUAGCAUUGUGUCAUUUAUCUCUUUUUGUAAGUAAUAAAAUGUGUAUAUUGUGUAAAACACCUUUUUAGCGUAAAAACAAAACAGAUCUUUUUAAUUAAUUUCUGGGUUCUUUGUCAGUAUGCUCACCACUCACUCCUUUAUUCACAUAUUAGUUCCACAUUCUUUUACACUGACAUUUGUACAAAGAACUUUCUUUAAAUUAAACAGUAUUUUAUAAAUUUAUAUAUUAAAAAGAAC